GGGGCGGCGGGAUGGAGUCGGAGUGGGAGCCCUGCGCUGAGUGCUCAGAAGGAACAUUCUUCAAGUUUACAGCCUCAGGUUUAGGAAGGAAGUACUGUUGGCCAGUUUCAAAAGCCAGAGAGAGAAUUUUCCCUGCCGAAAGCAGCAGUGACCCACUGAGGCAACUUCCAAAGUCAUGAUGAAGCUGAUGAAUAGAAAAGACCCCUAUGUUCGAGAGGUCAUCCGGUUUGCAGUGUGUUGCAGAGCCCUGACACUUGUGCUCCAGGCCCUGUUUAACUUCUUGAUCCCGGAUCAUGCAGCAGAUGCCUUCUCUCCUCCCCGCCUGUCAGAACCCAGUCUCUGUGACUGGUUGUCAGAAUGGCUGUUGGGGGGCUUAUCACACUGGGAUGCAGAGCACUUCCUGUUCAUAGCUGAGCAUGGCUACCUGUAUGAGCACAACUUCGCCUUCUUCCCAGUGUACCCCCUCAGUGUGCGAGCCAUGGCAGAGGUCACACUGUGGCCCCUGCAAGGGCUGCUGUGUUUACGGAGCCGCCUGCUCUUGUCAGCGGUGCUUUUAAAUUCUCUCCUCUCAGUCCUGGCAGCUGCUGUCCUCUAUGAGCUGGGGUGUGCGGUGCUACGAUGUCGCAGGAUGGCCUUCCUCUCUGCUGUCCUCUUCUGCCUCACCCCCGCCAAUGUGUUCAUGACAGCCGCUUACUCAGAAAGCAUGUUUGCUUUCCUGGUGUUCAGUGCCAUGCUGCAGCUGGAGAAAGGGCAGAGCUGGACCAGCGGACUGCUCUUCUCCCUUGCUGCUGGUGUGCGCUCCAACGGGGUGAUCAACACUGGCUUCCUCAUCUAUUCCCAGAGUAAAGACCUUGCCCUCCAACUCCAGGCAGGUGCCUGGACUGUAAUGAAGCUGCCUCAGGUCUGGAGACGACUCCUCCGAUUUGCAGCUUCAGUGGUUCUGAUAUCUGCUGGGGUCUUUUUCCCUUUUGCUUUGUUUCAGUCCUAUGCCUACUUGAGAUUCUGCAAUCCUGAUGCCAGCUCUGAACAUGCAGUUCCCAGGCCGCUAUUGCAGCUGGCUGUGGAUAAGGGGUAUCGUCUAGCAGCCAUGAAUGAGAUGAAACCUGUGUGGUGCUCCCAGGGGCUCCCUGUGGUCUAUUCUUACAUUCAAGAUGUUUACUGGAAUGUGGGCUUUCUAAGGUACUUUGAGCUUAAACAGGUACCCAACUUCCUGCUAGCUGUGCCGGUUACUGUGCUGGGCUCUUGGGCCACCUGGUUCUACCUCACUGCAAAUCCCCAAUACUGCUUAAUGCUUGGCCUAGUGAGAAGAAAGAAGGAAGCAAGGAAAGGAGAGGACUCUGAUAAGCCAAUGGAUGGAUUUUGCUGCUCCAGUGUCUUCGUUUACAUGGUCCAUGCCAUGGCUCUUCUGGCCUUCGGAAUCCUCUGCAUGCAUGUGCAGGUUGUAACCAGGUUCCUAGGCUCAUCUACACCAGUCUUGUACUGGUUCUCUGCUCAUCUGCUUCAGGACUAUGAACCUUUGCUGUGGAAAGAAGGAGCUGCUAUCCAGACUGCAGCAUCCCUCUCCGAGAAGCCCAGUGUAGGCAGCUCUUUUCCUGGAGCGUUCAGAAAAGGGAUUUCUGAAAACCCCAUCGUGAAAUUACUGCUGAACUGGAGAAUAAGUUCCCCGCUCACCAAAUGCAUUCUGGGAUACUUCCUGUCUUACUGGCUGCUGGGGCUGAUCCUACACUGCAACUUCCUGCCUUGGACAUAGUUAGAGUUUGAGAACAUGUGUUUGUGAUGGACCUGCUAAUGGGAACAGAAUCACUGCUCAGAAUAGAAACUCUUUUUUAAACUUGACAGAAGUGAAUUGAUGCUACUAUCUUUGUUUUUAUUUCCAACGACAUACAGAGCCCUCAAUAUGUGCACAUGACUCUGUGCUCUUACUGCUGUAAACUUCAUCCUUCCUCAUUCCAUUCUCCCCCUACAAUUUUUCACCAUUACUGGUUGUAUGAUGGCUGAAAUCUAAUCUGUAAACUCUU